AUGGACGCAAAUGUGUUGUUACACUGCUUUUCUGGAACUUUAGUUCAUGAUGCUUCAAUCAGAAAAAAUGCAGAGUCUCAUCUGCAGGAGGCAAGUAAGACGCCAGGGUUUCUCGGCGCAUGUUUAGACAUUAUUGCAUCUGGAGAAGUCAACACAAGUAUUAAAUUGUCUGCUUCGUUGUAUUUUAAGAAUAAGAUUACCUACGGUUGGGAUGCCGGCUCAAAUUCUGUGGCUACUAAGAACGAGUUAUUGAAUUUUGUUGUGGACAAUGACGAAAAACCUGUUGUUAAAGAUAUGCUGCUUCAAACAAUGCUGCAAUGUUCUAAGAAUUCUCCUCAAUGUGUCAAGAUAUUGAAGUCUGCAUUAACUGUUAUUAUCAGCUCAGAGUAUGCGCGCGGUAGAUGGGAAGAACUUCUGCCAAAAUCAUUGGAAUUACUUUCAAGUGAUGAUAUCGACUUCACUCAUGUCGGUUUGAUUUGCCUUUCUGAAAUCUUUAGAACUUAUAGAUGGAAGGAUAAUGAUGCAAGACAAGAAUUAGAAAAAUUGAUUUUGGAGUAUUUUCCACAACUUUUAGAGUACGCCAAUAACUCUCUUUUCCAAAAUGGUAGUACUAUGACCAACAAUAAGGUCGGUGAAUUGAUGAAAUUGAUACUUAAGAUUUAUAAGUUUGUGACUUACUACGACUUGCCUUUCACUACACAGAGAGCAGAAUCAUUUAUUCCGUGGGCAAAUCUAUUUGUAUCGAUUAUUCAACAUCCUAUUCCUGCUGAUGCCUUGAACGGCUUGGAUGUCGAUCAACGUAAAUUAUUACCAUGGGUGAAGUGCAAAAAAUGGGCCUAUGCUAAUUUAUUCAGAUUGUUUCAAAGAUAUGGCUCAACUUCAUUAUCUAAAAAGUUCGAAUAUAAUGAAUUUAAACAAUUGUACGUAGAACAAUUUCUGCCACAAUUUCUGCAAUUAAUCUUUCAGCAGAUCGAACAAUGGAGAAAUAAUUCUCUUUGGUUAAGUGGCACAUCAUUGUACUAUAUCCUGAGUUUCUUAGAACAAUCAAUUACACAGAAACCAACUUGGGAAUUGGUUGGCCCACAUUACGACGUAAUGUUGAAACAUAUUAUUUUCCCAUUACUAAAACCAACUGAAGAAACAUUGGAAUUAUUUAAAAACGAUCCCCAGGAAUAUAUUCAUAGAAACUUGGAGUUCUGGGAUAAUGACUACUCUUCUGAUUCUGCUGCUGUCUCUCUGUUAGUAACAGCUGUUAACAAACGUGGUAAAUCAACAUUACAGCCAACUUUGGAGUUUUUAAUCGAAACUUCACAGGCUAAUUGUGCUGAUUUUGAGAAUAUUCAAAUGAGUAAUGCAUUAGAAAUUGAAUCAAGUCUGAAAAUUUUCUCAAACAUUAUUGAUAGGUUGACUGUGAAGAAUUCUCCAUAUUUAACUGAAAUUGAAGGUUUCUUAUCUAUCUUUGUUUUCCCAUUCUUUAACUCACCGUUUGGAUUUCUAAAAGCCCGUGCGUGUGACAUUUGUUCUAAACUAGGUACCGUAGAAUUAAAGCAGCCAAUUUCUAUUGUUACAAUUUAUGAAGGUAUCAUGCUUUGCUUGAACGACUCGUCGGAUUGUUUACCCAUCAAUUUAGCUGCCGCUUUAGCUUUACAAAUCUUUAUAUCAGACCCGCAUUUUCGACAAACUAUUGCACCAUCAGUUAUUCCGAUCAUGCAGAAAUUAUUGGCAUUAUCCAAUGACUUUGAAUCUGAUGCCAUUUCUGGUGUGAUGCAAGAAUUUGUAGAACAAUUUUCCGAACAGUUACAACCAUUUGGUGUCGAAUUAAUAAAUACUUUGGUGCAACAAUUUUUGAAAUUAGCCAUUGAUUUAAAUGAAGCUUCCAAUAUCGAUCCAAAUAGUUUGAUGACUGCAGAUGAUAUUCCCGACGAAACCGAUAAGCAAAUGGCUGCUUUAGGUAUAUUAUCUACUAUCAUCUCGAUUUUGUUAUCGUUUGAAAAUUCUUUGGAUGUUGUUAAAAGCUUGGAACAAUCGUUUUAUCCUGCUGCUGAGUUUAUCUUGAAAAACGAAAUGGAAGACUUUUAUCGUGAAGUUUGUGAAUUUGUCGAGAACUCUACUUUCCUAUUAAGACAAAUCACACCAUUUACAUGGAAAAUCUUAGAGUUAGUUGGCGAAUGUAAUCGUAAAGAUAAUAGUAUGGUCUCUUACUAUUUAGAAGAUUUUAUGCUUAUGAUAAACAAUAUUUUAGUAUACGGCAACGAGGAGCUCAGGAAAAAUGAAUUUUAUUCUAAAAUACUAUUAGAAAUUUAUCAAAAGAGUGAAAUUACUGAGGACAGUGAUCUCGAUGAGCUAAAUAUCAUUUUUGAUUUUUCUCAAAAAAUCAUCCUAGCAAUGGGAGCUCAAUUGUCACCAUACUUCAGAGAAUUAUUCUUGAAGGAUGCUACUAGAUGUAUCUUGGCAGAAAGUGGAGAGUUGAGUAAAAAUUGUGUCUUUGGUGUCACAUCUUUCAAUGUAGUCAUUGCAAGCAUGAUUUCAUCUGUAUUACCGACUCUAAAAUUCUUACAACAAACUAACUGUUUCCAAUUGUUUUUCGAAACUUGGAUAACAUCAUACAUUCCAAACUAUAAACGUGUUUUCGACAUUAAACUUUCUAUUAUGGGUAUACUAAACAUAAUAGGUCAGUUAAAUGUGGGCAAUUUUUCAGACUUGUCUAUUGACACCAUUUUGCAAAAAUUGACUAGCGACUUGAUUAUGUUGAUUAAAAAAUAUCCUAUCGCUGAACAAGAACUAAAGUUGAAACGUAAAGAAUUUUCAUCAUUAGACUUUGAUUCCAAUGCUGAAUGGAACGAUAUUAGCGAAUUUAAUGAAAAUGACGAAGAGCCUGAAGAGGACAUCGAAAAAUACAUGGAGUUGACUAAAAACAAAACCACAGGACUAGAUUUUGUUGACUGUACAACAUUCGACGGCAAUAAUUCUUUUGAUGACUUGGAAGAAGAUCCACUAAGCAAAUCGCUACUAGACGAUAUUGACAUAUAUUCUUUGUUUAAAUCAACCGUUACGCUCUUGCAACAAAACAAUGCAGCAAAUUUCCAAGUCACUUUCGGUACACUUACAGCAGAACAACAGCAAACUCUUUCAGAAAUUAUGAAUAUCUGA